AAAUAUAUUUUUUCCAUAUUGGAAGAACAGAAUUAAAAAAUGCGGAGACAUCCGGUAACGCUUUUGAAAUAUCUAAUUGUUGGGUUUGUUUGUGUUGUUUUUGGACCGUUUGCACUUCGACUUCUUUUUGGGUCUGUUGAACAAACCACUAGAAAUGAAAUUUUUCCUGUUGAACGGGCUGUCAUACCAAAUAAAGUUAUUCGAGAGGAUGUAAAUAAAGGUAAUUUAAUUGCUGUCCAAGUGGAUAAGGAUGGUAAAUAUGAUUGGCAUAAUUACAAACUAAUUGAGGAAGACCUAGGUAGGAAAGGUCCUGGCGAACAGGGUGCAGCUGUAAUUUUAACACCCAGUGAAGAAAAACAAAAAGACACACUUUAUAAAACCAAUGGAUUUAAUGCUUUUGUCAGUGAUAAAAUAUCAUUACAGAGGUCUUUGAAAGACAUACGGCAUGCUGACUGUGUCCAUAAAAAGUAUUUAUACAUUUUACCAAAUGCAAGUGUAGUAAUACCAUUUCACAACGAGCAUUGGUCUACAUUAUUAAGAACCGUUUAUAGUGUUUUGAAUCGUUCACCAAAACAUCUUAUACAUGAAGUAAUACUUGUUGAUGACUUCAGUAAUAAAGAACAUUGCAAGGAACCAUUAGAUAAGUAUGUGAAAGAGAAAUUCACCAAUGUCAAAGUGAUUCAUGCUAAGCAGAGAGAAGGCUUGAUUAGAACUCGGCUUCUUGGAGCUAAAGCGGCGACUGGUCAAGUUUUGAUCUUUUUAGAUUCACAUGUUGAGGCAAAUGUAAAUUGGUUAGCUCCUCUCUUAGAGCCAAUUGCUCAAAAUCGCAAAACUGUGGUGUGUCCAUUUAUUGAUGUAAUUGAUUAUGAGACAUUUUCUUAUCGAGCGCAAGAUGAAGGUGCUCGUGGUGCCUUUGACUGGGAAUUAUUCUACAAGAGGCUACCUCUUCUGCCAAAUGACUUAUUACAUCCAGCCGAACCUUUCAAGAGCCCAGUUAUGGCAGGUGGUUUGUUUGCCAUUGAUCGAGAAUGGUUCUGGGACCUUGGAGGAUAUGACCCAGGAUUGGACAUCUGGGGAGGAGAGCAAUACGAAUUAUCAUUUAAGAUUUGGCAAUGUGGUGGCGAAAUGGUUGAUGCUCCUUGUUCAAGAGUUGGCCAUGUUUACAGGAAAUUUGCUCCAUUUCCAAAUCCUGGAGUUGGAGAUUUUGUUGGGCGAAAUUAUCGCAGAGUUGCAGAAGUAUGGAUGGAUGAAUAUAAAGAAUAUAUAUAUCUUCGGCGACCGCACUACAGAGAUAUUAACCCAGGUGAUAUAAGUGCACAGCUGGAUAUCAGAAAGCGGUUAAAUUGCAAACCUUUCAGCUGGUUCAUGAAAGAAGUGGCAUAUGAUAUACCAAAGUUUUAUCCACCUGUAGAACCACCGAAUGUCGCUGAUGGAGAGAUUCGCAGCAAAGCUAGCAAUUUAUGUCUUGAUACUCGGUUCCGAGGACCUAAUGAACGGUUCCAGUUGGAGUCUUGCAUUAAAGAUGGUCAAGGACAGGGAGAACAGAAAUUUGAAAUGACGUGGCACAAAGAUAUUCGUCCUUGGAAGCGCAGUGUUUGCUUUGAUGUAUCCCAGACAAUAAUGAAAGCUCCCGUUAUUCUCUAUACAUGUCACGGAAUGCAAGGCAAUCAACGAUGGAAAUAUAAUAUUGAAACACGACAGCUGUAUCAUCCCAUAAGCCAACAGUGCCUGGACUGCGAUACUGGAAGCCGAGAAGUCUUUAUGAACCCAUGUAAUAAGAACUUGAAAACACAACAAUGGCAUUUUGAACAUACAAAUGCAACAGCACUCCAAAUCGAAUGGAAAGCAGCCUAAAUAGAGAAUAAAAUAAAAUAAAAUAUAAAUGUACAAGUACAACAACAAUACUAAAAACUGAAAAACUCAUAUAAAGAAAACAAACCAAGAAAAAAAAAAUAUAA